GUGUAACUGUGAGAGAGUUGUUACACAAGUCUAUUAAUGUCCAGCUUCGUAAACAGGGUUUCCACCAGAGUCCCAGAUCUGAAUCCCAGUUGGGGUAGAUGGUGCAAGCGCAUGUUCUUGGCGAGCGCAGCCACCCCGUGCUGCUUACACACCGCCUCGCGGUUAAAUCUCGUGUUCGGAUUAUACGUCUGGGAGCCUCUUCGCCUCGAGAGGGCGCGAGCCGACCCACACCGCCGCAGCUUUCCGCCCGAGCGGCCGUUUUUUUGUUGUUUUUUUUGUUUUUUGCCUUCCUCUCCGCCCAAUCGCGAUCUCUCCACCCCGGUCCCCCAGUCCCGGUCUCUCCUCGUCGCCACGGCCAUGGCGGACAGCGCCAGCGAGAGCGACACGGACGGCGCGGGCGGCGGCUCCGCCGCGCCGCUCUCCUCCUCCUCCUCUUCCUCCGCCGCCGCCGCCUCCUCCUCCUCCGCCGCGGGCAAGCAGGGCGUCGUGAUCUCCCAGUUCCGCCUGGAGGAGCUGAGCAACCGCCUGGCCUCGCUGCAGCAGGAGAACAAAGUGCUGAAGAUCGAGCUGGAGACCUUCAAGCUGAAGUGCAAGUCGCUGCAGGAGGAGAACCGCGACCUGCGCAAGGCGAGCGUCACCAUCCAAGCAAGAGCUGAACAAGAGGAGGAGUUUAUUUCCAACACCUUGUUUAAGAAGAUCCAGGCUCUGCAGAAGGAGAAGGAGACACUCGCUGUAAACUAUGAGAAAGAGGAGGAGUUCCUCACCAACGAUCUCUCCCGCAAACUCAUGCAGCUCCAACAUGAGAAGGCUGAACUGGAGCAGCAUUUGGAGCAGGAGCAAGAAUUUCAGGUCAACAAGCUCAUGAAGAAGAUCAAGAAGUUGGAGAAUGACACCAUCUCCAAACAGCUCACCUUAGAACAGCUGCGCCGUGAGAAGAUCGACUUGGAGAACACUCUGGAACAGGAGCAGGAGGCGCUGGUCAAUCGGCUGUGGAAGCGCAUGGACAAGCUGGAGGCGGAAAAGAGGAUCCUUCAGGAGAAGCUCGACCAGCCCGUGUCGGCCCCGCCUUCCCCGCGGGAGGUUUCCAUGGAGAUUGACUCCCCGGAGAACAUGAUGCGGCACAUUCGCUUCCUGAAGAGCGAAGUGGAGAGACUGAAACGCAGCCUUCGCACGACCGAGUUGCAGCACACGGAGAAGCGGGCUCAGUACAUCGAGGAGGAGCGACAGAUGCGGGAGGAGAACCUGCGCCUCCAGCGGAAGCUCCAGCGGGAGAUGGAGCGGCGAGAGGCGCUGUGCAGGCAGCUGAGCGAGAGCGAGAGCAGCCUGGAGAUGGACGACGAAAGGUAUUUUAAUGAGAUGUCUGCUCAGGGGUUGAGAGCUCGCACUGUCUCCAGUCCCAUCCCCUACACCCCCUCUCCUUCAUCUAGCCGGCCCAUCUCCCCAGGUUUGUCAUACGGCAGUCACACGGUGGGGUUCACGCCCCCUGCCACACUCAGCCGGGCCCCUCUCCCUCACUACGGCCCUCCGGGACUGCACAUUCACCCAGGACCCUCGCACGGAGUUCAGCGGCCGUCGCCCAGGAGGAGCAACAGCCCGGACAAGUUCAAGCGCCCCACGCCCCCCCCUUCCCCCAACAUGCACGCCGGGCUACAGCACCCCACGCUCGCGCAGCCCAUGGCCCAGUCCGGCUCCUCCCCCGCGGCGGCCUCGCACCAGCCCCCUGCUCAGCCUUAAUGCAUGCGCUGCACGCCACGACGCGCUAGGCCAGGCCGCUGCACCCCCCCAAACCCCCACACCCACACCCACACCGCCACGACGACUCAGCAAUCCUCCACUGGGCAAGCGCUGUGCGGGGAAAAGACUGGUGUCGCCUCGGAAGCAGAGAGGGAUGGAUGGAUGGAUGGAUGGAUGGGAGGUUUGAGAGAGAGAGAGAGUUUCCGUUGGCAGGCUGACUGCGUCCACGCCCCCGUUUGGACUUGCGCGCCGUUAUAACUCCGUGAUACCGUCACGCGUUUCGCUUUAGAGUGAAAUACGGCUUUUUACGGACAGCGUAGGGAUUACUGUCCGAAACUGUUUGUUUGUUUUUGUUUGUGUUUUUUAAAGGCUGCUGUCCGGCUGCUUCCCUGCCUUGCUCCUCCUAACUGUUGAGCGUUGACUGUUAACUAGCUUGCUGCUCCUGACCGGCGAGCUUCGACACGUUGAGGACGCCUCCCCCGAGAAGAGUCCCCAGUCAUUUGCAGAGAUUUUAAUCUCGAAACAAAAAAGCAACCAAUUGUGUAAAUGUAGUCAAUCUGAUGAGAUUAUAAUCCCAGACAACUUCAGCAUGGGUGAUGGGAAAGACGUGUUCUGAAUGUCCCAGCUUAUGAGGGAGAGCUUUUGGCAGUUCGGUUUGUUUGGUUUGUGGUUUGGUUUUUGUUUUUGUUUUUUCGCUUUUGUAUGUAAAGCCCAUUCAAAGAUGUACACCACAGCAUUUAGAGGGUAAAGUCAGGAGGGGGGGGGGGGUGUAGAUGCCCCUUAACACUGAUGUGAGUUCAGUUCUCUUGUGAUCAUUGAAUAGAGAGUUCAACCAAACGGUGCUAAUAGUGCCAGCCUCUGGUUCCCAGCAGUCAGUAAUCCCAGGAUCGAAGCCCCGUCCUGGAGAUCUGCAGACUUUAUCUUUAAUGCUAAUCUGGCUCUAAAACUAAGAAUCUACUGGAUCACCCAUGUUGGAUUAAAGUUGGAACUAAACUCUGCAGUUGAUCACCAGGACCGGACUUUGGGUGCACCUGCACUAGAGUUUGGAAAACGUAGUUCAAACACAGUGAGAGGAUCCUGUAGUUCAAACUGGGAAACGUAGUUCAAACGCAGUGAGAGGAUCCUGUAGUUCAAACAGCAAGACCGGGUGGAAUCCACUCCCUUCUCUCUCUAUGCAUGGUGCCUGCAGCCAAUCAAAUCCCCGCUGCGUCACAAGUCACGGCCAAACACGUCUCGACGUCAUGACCGUCCAGGCCAAACUCGGCCGACACUGUGAGCCGGGAGUAGUGACAGGAAGCACCCAGGUGCCAGGUGGCUUUCAUCAUUAAUGUCGUUUGGUUGAUCCGUUCCUGCAAGGCUUGCGUUCGAGAAAAUGGGUAUGUCUCCAACGAGCAGUCCAGCCUGUUCCAGGGGCCUCGAGCCAGUCGACCCGUUCCGUCCAUUCCAGCCCUCCCGGCAACGGGAAUCAAUAGCUCAGCAGCCCUUGGUUAUCCAAAUCAGGUUCGCAAGGAGCUGGAACAGAACAAAAAAUUCUGGACCGGAGUCCCACAAAUUACAAGCGGCAAACCUUUGCCAGAAACGCUGAUCCGAGGGUCAGGGCAUCCACACCUGCGCAGCAGUCACGGGUCAGUGCACCUGGUGUCAGAUCAGCGAGCAGAACAGAAGGAGGAACGAGGGAAGCAAGGCUAGUGCCCUGAGUUUAACGCACCACAAUAAAAUAAACGUACCAGCCAAGAGGCGGUGAGGUGCCAGGUACUGUGGAACAAAUUAACCUUGAUGUGAUUAAAAGCUUGGACAAAAACGUGA